UACGAUUUAAGGUCAAUAACAUAUAUACCUAACAGACUUGGAUGUUUUAUAGAUUUAAGGUGUGAAGCUCUAUCUAAAUCUAAGAAUUCUCGUCAGAAGUCCAGCAAUGGUCGCUCAUUUAACAGUGUAGUGACAUACACAUGCAAGCCUCCAUUCAAACUACGUGGCUCGUCUACACGAACAUGCAGAGCAAUAGGAAAAUGGGACGGGAAGAAGGCAAGAUGCAGAAUCGCGUGCAAGGACCCAGGUGAAAUUUCUUCCGGAAACAGACGAUUGGAGGGCCUACAAGCCGGGAAGUAUAUUCAGUAUUGGUGCUUUGAUUCUUACAACCUAAUCGGAUCAGCUAGGAUCAUGUGCCUUGAGACAGGAGAAUGGAGUGCCCCAAAGCCAAAAUGUGAACUUCCGCAGUGCAAUCCACCCAAGAUUCCGGAUUCAGCUAUCGUCUACUACCCGCGAAGGAUGAAAAAGACAUUUAAAUACAGCGAUCGCGUGUUAUUAAAAUGUAAAGAAGGGUAUUUCAAGUCAAGCGGUGGGGUUUUGUCAUGCAAAGGUUCUAACCAAUGGACGGGAGAUAUCACUUGCUCACCUAAAAGCUGCGGCCGUCCGAGGGACGUUCCUAACGGAAAAAUUAUAGGAUACUUAUAUUCAUUCAAGGAGAAGGUGCGUUACGUAUGUAAUAAAGGUUACAAGCUAAAUGGACCAGCUUACAGAAUAUGUCAGGCAAACGAGGAGUGGGGUGGUAGAACGCCAACUUGUGAAGUGGUGGGCUGUGGACCCCUGGACAAGCCAAACCAUGGAGACAUAAUUGAACAAGUGGGGCUAACGUUUGGAAAUAGAAUAGUCUUCGAAUGUAAAGAUAAAGGUUACGAAAUGAAGGGUUCAAGAAUAAGAACUUGCCAAAGUGACGGAACCUGGAGUGGCUCCCCUACAACAUGCGAGAUUGUUCGAUGCGGUGAUCCUGGAAAACCCGCAAAUGGAGGGAAACUUGUUAAUAAAGGCUUCGUGUACGGUGGAUCUGUGGAGUUUACAUGCGACAAAGAUUUCACUCUGAGAGGCAAGUCGACCAUUUCCUGCCAGGAGAAUAAGGAAUGGACCGCUUCUGUUCCACGAUGUCUUGCUUUUGGCUAUACAAGGGUUGGUGCCUCUCCCAUCACGUGCAAUGAUGGUAACUGGAACAAUCCAGCUCCAGUCUGCAAAGGUAUUUGCCCACGACCGAGAACCCCAAACAGAGGAAGAUUGCAUGGGAAUAAGGUUCGAUUUAUCGACGGAGAUGAAGUUACAUAUUCCUGCGACAGCAACCAUGACUUGUUUGGAAACGACAGAAUACGCUGCGUUGGAAAGAAUUGGGAUUCCAGUAUACCAGUUUGUAAAGUUUUAGAAUGCUGCGACACUUCAAUCUCAUUUGUCAUGUUUUUUUAUUAUUAUUAUUUUCUUCUUUUUAACACAGCAGUGUGUCCAGAUCCCGGUGAACCAUCCAAAGGAAAACGCCUGAAUGACAAUUUUCAGGAGGGGCAAACAGUUACAUUUGAAUGCAAUAGAAAUCACGACUUAGUGGGGAAUGACACAAUUCGGUGUAGACGUGGAGCGUGGAGUGGUGUCAUACCUGAAUGCAAAGCUCGUUGCAGUUUUUCAAGACUACCCAGAGGAGGUUUAUAUGUGGAAGGCAGAAGUAAGAAAAAUGCCAUGAUCAAGCACGGUGAAAAAAUAACUUACGGCUGCCUACCAGAUUACACGAUGGUUGGAUCUAAGACACAGGAAUGCGACAAUGGACGCUGGACCAGUGAUGCUCCAGUUUGUAAAGCUUUCUGCCUAAAUCCUGGCGGUUUAGUUCACGGAAAAAAGAUCGGUGCUGAUUACAGGCACGGCAAAACAGUUUGGUAUCGAUGCGAUGCAGAGUAUACUCUCAAAGGCAACGACAAACUGACAUGCAAUGAUGGAGGGUGGGACCUCGAUCCCCCAGAAUGUAAAGCACCAUGCAUCAACCCAGGAACACCACCUAAUGGACGUAUGCAAGGAAACGACUUCAGACACGACUCGUUAGUGGUAUUUACUUGCGAUCGAAAUUAUCAACUAGAUGCUCGAUGUGCUUUCGAUGAUAACCUAGACAAUGGUUACACGACAAACGGCAUUUUUAUAAUAGGUGAACUCUUGCCACAUGGCAGCCAUUUAGAGUACGCUUGUGCUGUAUCGUACACUUUAACUGGCUCCAACAUUCGUAAUUGUGACGAUGGGUUUUGGGAUAGAAAGCUUCCUUCUUGCAAGGCAUCUUGUGAUGAUCCUGGUCAUUUAGCUCGAGGGAGAAGAAAUGGCAACCACUUUUCGCAUGGUCAGAUGGUGACAUAUGAAUGCACUACACAGGGCUACAGUUUGGUAGGGAAGCCAGAAAUGACCUGUAACGAUGGCAGCUGGGAUUCAGGAAGGCCGGAAUGUAAAGCGACUUGUGAUCCACUGCCAGCGCUCUCUAAUGGCAAAGUAAAUAGCCACAAUACAGACCACGGAGCAGUAGUCUCGUACUCAUGCAACGAAGGAUUUCAACUGCAAGGCUCCCAGCAGAUUAUGUGCAUCGAUGGCGAAUGGAAUGCAAAUUCUCCAACUUGCAANUGGUCAGAUGCGAUUUGUGAUCCACUGCCAGCGAUCUCUAAUGGCAAGGUAAACAGCCACAAUACAAACCAUGGAGCAGUAAUCUCAUUCUCAUGCAACAAAGGAUUUCAACUGCAAGGCUCCCAGCAGAUUAUGUGCAUCGAUGGCAAAUGGAAUGCAAAUUCUCCAACUUGCAAAGGACUUUGUAGAGAUCCGGGACCACUCGAGAACGGACGCGUCAUCGGGGACGACUUCAGUUAUGGCUCCUCAGUUAUAUUUGAGUGUAAUUUUGGCUACGAUUUAGAAGGCCCAGCCUCUUCAACUUGCAAAAAAGGAAUAUGGAACGGUAGAAUCCCAGCAUGUAAAAAACGUUGUCAGGAUCCCGGAAAGCCUCAAAAUGGGUGGAAGUUAGGCCAGAACCACUCCCAUGGUGGUAUUGUACAGUUUCGAUGUAAAAACAGGACUUUUGAUCUUGUGGGAGCUUCAACUAUAACAUGCAACGAGGGAGAGUGGAGUCAUCAAACACCCUCUUGUGAAGCUCCUUGCCCAGACCCUGGCCUUCCCUAUCAAGGAAACAGGAUUGGCGAUGACUUUCGUCAUGACAGAACAGUUACGUUCACGUGUCCUAGAGAUUACCGUAUGGAGGGUGUGCAAACGAUAACAUGCUCAGACGGACAAUGGAGCAACAGAAAGCCAAGUUGUAGGGCACCGUGUGCCAAACUCGCCCCGACAGCUCAUGGCUGGAGAUCAGGAGAAGACGACUUCAGACAUGGGGCCUCUGUGAAGUUUUAUUGUACACGUGGCUAUACAAGGGUUGGUGCCUCUUCCAUCACAUGCUAUGAUGGUAACUGGAACAAUCCAGCUCCAAUCUGCAAAGGUAUUUGCCCACCACCACCGAGAGCCCCAUACAAUGGAAGAAUACUUGGGGACAAGGAUCGAUUUCUCGAGGGCGAUGAAGUUGCCUAUUCCUGUAAUAGCAACUAUGACUUGUCUGGAAUCGACAGAAUACGCUGCGUUGGAAAGAACUGGGAUUCCACUAGUGUACCAGUUUGUAAUGCUCGUUGCAGUUUUUCAAGAAGACCCGGAGGAGGUUUGUAUGUGGAAGGCAGAAGUAAGAACAAUGAAAUGAUCAAGCACGGUGAAAAAAUAACUUACGGUUGUCUACGAAAUUACAAGAUGAUUGGAUCUAAGACACAGGAAUGCGACAAUGGACGUUGGACCAGUGAUGCUCCAGUUUGCAAAGCUUUCUGCCUAUCUCCUGGUGAUAUUAUUCACGGGAAAAAGAUCGGUUCUGAUUACAGGCACGGCGAAACAGUUUGGUAUCAAUGCGAUGCAAGGUAUACACUCAAAGGCAACGACAGACUGACAUGCAAUGAUGGAAGUUGGAACCUCGAUCCCCCAGAAUGUAAAGCACCAUGCGACAACCCAGGAACACCACCUAAUGGACGCAUGCAAGGAAACGACUUUAGACACGACUCGUUUGUGGUAUUUACUUGCGAUCGAAGUUAUCAACUAGAUGGUAGUAGAAAUAUCCACUGCAAUGAUGGCUCUUGGAGUGGUUCUGUUCCUAAUUGUGUUGGUAAGUAUUAUUAUAUAUCUUCUCAUCUAAUAGCUCCUUGCCCAGACCCUGGCCUUCCCUAUCAAGGAAACAGGAUUGGCGAUGACUUUCGUCAUGACAGAACAGUUACGUUCACGUGUCCUAGAGAUUACCGUAUGGAGGGUGUGCAAACGAUAACAUGCUCAGACGGACAAUGGAGCAACAGAAAGCCAAGUUGUAGGGCACCGUGUGCCAAACUCGCCCCGACAGCUCAUGGCUGGAGAUCAGGAGAAGACGACUUCAGACAUGGGGCCUCUGUGAAGUUUUAUUGUACACGUGGCUAUACAAGGGUUGGUGCCUCUUCCAUCACAUGCUAUGAUGGUAACUGGAACAAUCCAGCUCCAAUCUGCAAAGGUAUUUGCCCACCACCACCGAGAGCCCCAUACAAUGGAAGAAUACUUGGGGACAAGGAUCGAUUUCUCGAGGGCGAUGAAGUUGCCUAUUCCUGUAAUAGCAACUAUGACUUGUCUGGAAUCGACAGAAUACGCUGCGUUGGAAAGAACUGGGAUUCCACUAGUGUACCAGUUUGUAAUGCUCGUUGCAGUUUUUCAAGAAGACCCGGAGGAGGUUUGUAUGUGGAAGGCAGAAGUAAGAACAAUGAAAUGAUCAAGCACGGUGAAAAAAUAACUUACGGUUGUCUACGAAAUUACAAGAUGAUUGGAUCUAAGACACAGGAAUGCGACAAUGGACGUUGGACCAGUGAUGCUCCAGUUUGCAAAGCUUUCUGCCUAUCUCCUGGUGAUAUUAUUCACGGGAAAAAGAUCGGUUCUGAUUACAGGCACGGCGAAACAGUUUGGUAUCAAUGCGAUGCAAGGUAUACACUCAAAGGCAACGACAGACUGACAUGCAAUGAUGGAAGUUGGAACCUCGAUCCCCCAGAAUGUAAAGCACCAUGCGACAACCCAGGAACACCACCUAAUGGACGCAUGCAAGGAAACGACUUUAGACACGACUCGUUUGUGGUAUUUACUUGCGAUCGAAGUUAUCAACUAGAUGGUAGUAGAAAUAUCCACUGCAAUGAUGGCUCUUGGAGUGGUUCUGUUCCUAAUUGUGUUGCGGUGUGUCCAGAUCCCGGUGAACCAUCCAACGGAAAACGCCUGAAUAACAAUUUCCAGGAGGGACAAACAGUGACUUUUAAAUGCAAUAGAAAUCACGACUUAGUGGGGAAUGACACAAUUCGGUGUAGACGUGGAGCGUGGAGUGGCGUCAUACCUGAAUGCAAAGCUCGAUGUGCUUUAGAUGGUAACCUAGACAACGGACACACGACAAACGGCAUUUUUAUAAUAGGUGAACUCCUGCCACAUGGCAGCCACGUAGAGUACGCUUGUGCUGUAUCGUACACUUUAACUGGCACCAACAUUCGUCAUUGUGACGAUGGGUUUUGGGAUAGAAAUCUUCCUUCUUGCAAGGCAUCUUGUGAUGAUCCUGGUCAUUUAGCUCGAGGGAGAAGAAAUGGCAACCAGUUUUCGCAUGGUCAGAUGGUGGAAUAUGAAUGCACUACACAGGGCUACAAUUUGGUAGGCAAGCCACAAUUGAACUGUAACGAUGGCACCUGGGAUUCAAAAAGGCCGGAAUGUAAAGCGACUUGUGAUCCACUGCCAGCGCUCUCAAAUGGCAAAGUAAAUAGCCACAAUACAAACCAUGGAGCAGUAGUCUCAUUCUCAUGCAACAAAGGAUUUCAACUGAAAGGCUCCAAGGAGAUUACGUGCAUCGAUGGCAAAUGGAAUGCAAAUUCUCCAACUUGCAAAGGACUUUGUAGAGAUCCGGGACCACUCGAGAACGGACGCGUCAUCGGGGGCGACUUCAGUUAUGGCUCCUCAGUUAUAUUUGGGUGUAAUUUUGGCUACGAUUUACAAGGCCCAGCCUCUUUAACUUGCAGGAAAGGAAUAUGGGACGGUAGAAUCCCAGCAUGUAAAAAACGUUGUCAGGAUCCAGGAAAUCCUCAAAAUGGGUGGAAGUUAGGCCAGAACCACUCGCAUGGUGGUAGUGUACAGUUUCGAUGUAAAAACAGGACUUUUGAUCUUGUGGGAGCUUCAACUAUAACAUGCAACGAGGGAGAGUGGAGUCAUCAUACACCCUCUUGUGAAGGUAAAAAUCACGACUUAGUGGGGAAUGACACAAUUCGGUGUAGACGUGGAGCGUGGAGUGGUGUCAUACCUGAAUGCAAAGCUCGAUGUGCUUUCGAUGAUAACCUAGACAAUGGUUACACGACAAACGGCAUUUUUAUAAUAGGUGAACUCUUGCCACAUGGCAGCCAUUUAGAGUACGCUUGUGCUGUAUCGUACACUUUAACUGGCUCCAACAUUCGUAAUUGUGACGAUGGGUUUUGGGAUAGAAAGCUUCCUUCUUGCAAGGCAUCUUGUGAUGAUCCUGGUCAUUUAGCUCGAGGGAGAAGAAAUGGCAACCACUUUUCGCAUGGUCAGAUGGUGACAUAUGAAUGCACUACACAGGGCUACAGUUUGGUAGGGAAGCCAGAAAUGACCUGUAACGAUGGCAGCUGGGAUUCAGGAAGGCCGGAAUGUAAAGCGACUUGUGAUCCACUGCCAGCGCUCUCUAAUGGCAAAGUAAAUAGCCACAAUACAGACCACGGAGCAGUAGUCUCGUACUCAUGCAACGAAGGAUUUCAACUGCAAGGCUCCCAGCAGAUUAUGUGCAUCGAUGGCGAAUGGAAUGCAAAUUCUCCAACUUGCAAAGGACUUUGUAGAGAUCCGGGACCACUCGAGAACGGACGCGUCAUCGGGGACGACUUCAGUUAUGGCUCCUCAGUUGAAUUUUGGUGUAAUUUUGCCUACGAUUUAGUAGGCCCAGCCUCUUCAACUUGCAGGAAAGGAAUAUGGAACGGUAGAUUCCCAGCAUGUAAAAUUUGUGCAAGGCCUCUUGGUUUGGAGAACAAUAACAAUCGGGCUAUCAGGAUCAGAUCACUGGCAUCCUUAACAGACCCUGCUUAUCCACCGAAUGCUGCACGACUCAAUGGUCCCUCAGCUUGGUGUCCACCAAAAACACAAGCUUACUUACAAAUUGAUCUCGAUAAAACCUACAAGCUCACAGCUAUUGCUACACAGGGAGGACCAGUCCUUAACAAAUGGGUUCAAAGAUACAGAAUCAGCUUCAACGCUGGACCUAAAAUUGUAGAUUACAGUGAGUCUGGAUCAAGAAAGGUUAUCCCGGGAAACAAGGACUCUUCGACCCUGGUAGAAUACAAGUUCAAAGAGCCGUUCAUCGCCAGGACUAUCAGGAUUCAUCCCUUGUCUGCUAAUGACGACUUUAUCUGCUUAAGAGUGGAAUUAUACGGCUGUGAUCCUAGCCCAGACUGUAUCCUGGUUGGUUCAAUGUUUUGGGGAUUAUGGAGGUAUAAUCAUGGCGCCGAUAACUACUACAAAGUUUACAUCACAAAGCUUAAUGUCACACGCGUUGACUUCGUGUUAACAUUGAGUGAAAAGCAUACACGCAGCUACCGGCGAACUCAAGAAGUGCUUAUUUUAGACACGAUUCGAAAAAAGAAGGAUAUUCCGAUUAAUUCAUCAGUAAUAGCCCUUCACAGAGAGGGUAAACCAGAGUGGUAUCGAUCCGGUACUGUCGUGGAGUUUUCGG